AUGGCCAACCGUGAGGAUCCUCCAUAUGAUCCCUACAUUCCCAGCGGCGGCGCCGCCGCCGGUGGCCAGCAGGGCGGCCAGAACGGCAACCACCGCACCGCGGCACUUCAAGCUGAAAUCGACAGCACCGUCGGCAUCAUGCGCGACAACAUCAACAAGGUCUCUGAGCGUGGAGCUCGCCUAGACUCGCUGCAGGACAAGACGGACAACCUUGCCGUCUCUGCCCAAGGUUUCCGAAGGGGCGCCAACCGCGUGCGCAAGCAGAUGUGGUGGAAGGACAUGAAGAUGCGCAUGUGCCUCAUUGUCGGCAUCAUCAUCCUGCUGAUUGUCAUCAUUGUCCCUUCGGUCGUAGCCACGCAAAAGAAAUAA